AUGGCGGAUGAGACAGCACGCCCUCUCAUUGUCGGCCCGGACUCUGGUCCCGAGGCCCCCUUCCCGCUCAAGAUGGAGGGCAAGGUGAUAUCUGGCUUCGGCCGGGGGUCCAAAGAGCUCGGGAUCCCGACCGCAAACCUCCCCGUGGAUGCCUCUCAGACUCCCUGGAUAGACACCGCCAAGUCCGGCGUCUACUUCGGCUGGGCCUCCCUCUCCCUGCCCGCCUCGCACCCGGACCGCGUCGCCCCGCCGCCCUCCUCCGGCUCCGGCCCAGCCCAGCCUCACCUCGAGUUCCAGUUGUACCCCAUGGUCAUGUCCAUCGGCUAUAACCCCUUCUACAAGAACACGGUCCGCUCCGCCGAGGUACACGUGUUGCACAAGUUCGCGGCCGAUUUCUACGACGCCCACAUGCGCCUCCUGAUCCUCGGCUUCGUCCGCGAGGAGAAGGACUACAAGAGCCUCGAGGCCCUGGUCGCCGACAUCAACACCGACUGCGACGUCGCGCGAGCCUCGCUCGACCGCGACGCCUGGGCGCCGCCCAAGGCUCUGAGGCCCGGGGCCAACAAGGACGGCGCGUUGGAUGCCAAGUGGCUCGUCGAGCCGCUGCCCAAGGCCUGA